CAGGCGGAGGCUUGGAUCAAAGGGAAGCUCCAGGACCUCAAGGAUGGCUGUAAUGUCCAGCGCUGCCCCCUGCAGGACUGGGAGGAGGCCUCGCAGACCCUCCACAGAGACCUCAAAGACUUCGAGAACACCCUCAUCCAACUGAACCAGAUGGGUGAACAGUUGAUUUGUAAAACCAACCCUUCAUCUGAUCUGGUGAAGAAACGGCUCAGCCAACUGCGAGACCAGUGGCAGACCCUGAAACAGAUGGCAGCCAAUCAGACGAAGGCUUUGGGCGGAGCCAAGAAUCUGCAGGAGUUCAACAGGAAGGUGGACAAACUGGAGACGUGGAUCAAACAGAAGGAAGAGGAGCCGUCACUGGUCGACGUCCUCGGGGAGAACGUUGACAAGAUGCAGCUGACCAGGAGGAUUUUAGAUCUGAAACAGGAUGAGCAGCUCUACAGAACCCUCCACGAAGACAUCAACCACUUGGCCCUGAAGCUGGAGAAACAAGGGAAGACAGAUGGCAAAAACAUCAUCAGCAGGAGGAAACACAUCAAUAAAAUGUGGAUCCGGGUGCAGUCGCAUCUGAAGAACUGCCACCAGAACCUUCAGCUGGCUCUGGAGGUAUCCACGUUCUACCAGCAGGCGGAGAACACGCUGUCAGCCAUGAGCGACCUGAGGAAAAGCAGAUCCUUGUCCAAAGACCUCGACGGUGUCGGAGACCGGGAAAUACGUGACCUCGCCGCUCAGAUCAUGAUGCUGGACGUCAGCGUGUCCCAGCUGUCCAACCUGCAUCUGGUCCUGGCGUCUGGCGUCUCCCGGAAACACAGCGAGGUGAAGGACGGGUGGACGCAGCUCCAAAAGGUUUUUCAGCUCUGCUCGUCCUGCAGGAGCGACCGGACCGGACCUGCCCCCACCACCCUUGCCGCCACCGCCACUCCGUUCACCAGGGAAGAUGGCGACCCCGUGACCCCGGCCCGGGAGUCCCAGGGCCACGUGGGAACGGAGGCUCAAAGGACCAUGGGAAAGGAGGUGAAGGAGGAGCAGAACCGGCUGAAGGGCUGCGUGGGCUCUGUGGACUCUGGGAUUGGUCAAGUCCAGGAGUUGCAGUUGGUGAACCACGCCCCCUCGCCCACGGGGGACGACCUUGUCUGUGCACAUGAGGUCAUGGUCCGACGUCAGCCGAAGGGUGAAAGCAGGAAGUCCAGAUUGGAGCCCAGAGCAGAGCCCGCGCCCCCUGCCACCACCGCCGCCCCCCCGGGCCACCCGCCACUCCACAUUCAGCUCCAGAAGUUCACCGUGUCAGCUGACAAGACAUUGUCCUGGCUGAAGGACAACGUGUCUAUGGCCACUCAGGUGUGCUCGGUGGCGGGCUGCGAAGGCCUGGAGGCGGCCCACAGGUGUCAGCGGGCUCUAGAACAGGAGAUCCUCACUAACAGGGCCCGGAUCGAGGUGGUCAAAAGGGAGGGGCGGGGCCUGGUCCGAGCGCAGCACCCCGGCAGCGCCAAGAUCCAGGAGUUCCUGGGCCAGCUGGAAGUCCUGUGGGAGGAACUGCGGAGGAGGCACCAGAGGAACCAAGUGUUUCUGCAGGCCUCCAAGGAGCUGGGCUUCAGGGUGGUGAAGGUGCUGCAGGCCCUGGGCAGUCUGGAGGCGUGGCUAGAGUCGGUGGAGCUCUCCAUGAAAGAGUCCUCAUUGGCUGGAGACCCUGAAACCAUGAGCGUGGCUGAGAAGGAGAGCCGUCUGCUGGAGAGGGAGGUGGCGGCCCGCAGCCCGGAGCUUGAUGCCCUGAGGAGGGAGGUGGAGCGGCUGCACUGUCACAGCCAUGCCCACACCCGUGGCCUCCCAGGACGCAUGGACCAGGUGGAAAAAAAGUACCGGCAGGUCCAGAGCGCCCUGACCCAGCAGAGCUCUGAGCUGCAGGACACCCGGAUGCUGACGGAGUUCCUGGAGCGGGUGGAGCUGGAGGAGAUCCAAGACCUGGGAGGGAGUCAGUACAGCCUAGGCCAGCCGCUCCACACUGACAUUUCCUCUGCUCCAACGUUACUGGAGCUCCAGGACAGCGGGGCCGGCGACCCCCUGAUGGAGGGCAUGGGAGACCCUGUGGAAGAGCUGCGAGAGGCCGUGGAGAUGCUGAAUGACACGGCGAGGGAACGAGGCCGAUCACAGAGUCACGACCAGGCCGUCAGGGAGCUGCUCAGUAAGCACGCCGGCGUGGCGCUCCGGGUCGAGGAGACGCUGAGUCACAGCAAAGACCUGAGCCUGGACAUCCUGGAGAAGGAGACCGACAUGGCAGUCCAGUGUAAACCGGAUCGAUGUGGUCUGGAGGGUCUGUGGGAUCAGCAGGACCAACUGGAGAUGGACUACGAGGUGUUGAGGGGGGAAGUCCAGCAGAUGCAGGACCAGGCAUCUCAGCUGCAGGAUCUGUGUCCAGAGAGGAUGCGGACUCUGUGGACCCGGGUCCAGACAACGCUGGAGGCCUGGGCGGAGCUGAGGACCAGCCUGACCCAGAACCACGCCCGGCUGCAGGAGUUCGUUCAGCUCCAGGACUUCUUCAGGAGAUACCUCGGCAUGAUCUCGUGGACAGAGGACACCAGGUCUUGCAUUUUCUCCGAUACCGCUUUGCAUUUUGGGAAAGACGGGCAGAGGCCGUUGGCUGCGGAGCUGGACAUGCAGAUCGAACAGAAGUUUGAGGAGUUUGACGAACUGGCAGCGACAGGAAGGAACCUUCUAGACUCACAACAUCACCUCACGCAGAUGGUGAGGGAGCGUAUGGAGGAGCUGAGGAGCAUGCUGGGAUGGAUCCUGGUUCACUGGAGGGUUCAGAAACAACAGUGGCUUCACAAGAAGAACCGACAGGAAGCUUCACACGAUAACAUUUACUCUGAGGCCACGACGAGCUCUGCAUCAGCUGAGCUCGGUCCAGAUCCAGAUGUCUGUCCGACUCGUGACCGCCCCUCCGUCUCCGACGACAACAACAAACCCACGUCUGGAUUCAACCAGGACGUGGUCGAUGCUGAGGCAGAGCUCGGACACCUGGACGACGGGUACGAGGUGAUGAAGAGCGUAGGAGCUCAAGGCGGCGCCGAGGCGUCGUCAGGGGAAACGACCAAACCCCCCAUCCUGGUCCUCAAAGAGCCAGGCAGCCCUACCCUGGGGGGCACCGUAAACCUCAUCCUCAGCUUUGGGGGUCCGGGGGACCAGGUCCAGGUCCUGGAGGCCCCUCCAAGGGUGGAGGAAGAGGAGCAGCCAUCUGAACCAGUCCGCAGGGUAAGUACCUACCUGCAUGUGAAGGAGAACUCCGUGGCUCCUGUUUAUGAGAGCAUCACCCUGCCCCGCCUAAAGAGCUGCUCCGCAGGCUCCGCCUCCCCGACCUUCAGCCCGUCCUCUUCCUCCUCACCGUCUACGUCAGCUCCUGAUUCACAGACAAACAUCAGCUCCCACGGCGGCAGCUCCAUCUUCAGCAGCCUGAAGCGGAUCAGCAAGAAGAGGAAGAGGAAGAGGGACACUCGCAGACACACCAUCCAGAAGAUCAUGGGGGUGGAGGAGGCGGAGUCAGAGGCGGACCCAAUGCUGCGACACGCCUGUGACGCCAUCACAUACGACACCCACACUUGGCCUCUGAAGGAGAGGAGGAGGAGGAAGAACAACCCGAAGAGUCCAGUCCAAGGGGGCGGAGUCGAGGCGAUGGCGUACAUGAAGAACCCGCUGCUGAAGGACAUCGACACCGAGUGUUUGGGCGAAUACAGCAUCACGCCGUACGCCGUGUCUGAGGGCCCGCCCACCGGCGCCGUCAGGAGCCACUGCCGCUUCCUGUCUCUGGGCUCGGUGCUGAGCUUCGACCUCCCCAAAGACAUGACCCUGAUCCCCAGCAUCCAGGACAUCAUCACCAUUGCCCCGCCCGAGUCCAAGAGGGUCAGUGGGACCGACCCGGACCCGCACUCACAGAGACCCACGGCGCUGAGCUCCUUCAAACAGACACGCCCCACCCCCGUGGUCGCAUGCGCGUCAGCACAAAACACCGCUGGUCCAGAGAAAGACCCGCCUGAUGUGGACCAGUGUCUGAAUCCACCGUCUCAGGACAAAGAGGAGGAUCAGAGGAGUCUAGAGGAGGAACCAGACUCCGCCCAAGUUUCACGGCCACCCAUUUACAUCAACCAGCCCCCCGCUUCCUGUUCCGCACAUAAACAUGGGUGUCCUAGUGUUCACACGCUGAUUCGAGACCUGAACGGGCACCGGUUCCAUAAAUGUGUGAGACCUCAGACGGAGACCGGCGCCACCCCCCCCGCCUUCAGCCAGGCCUCGCACAUGGUCGUCAACCUCAAGUCCACGGUCAGCGUCAGCGUUCGGCAGGACUCCGUGGACUCGGGCAUCUCCAGCGCCAGCAGCCUCAUUCCCAGCCUGGAGAACCCCCAGCCCAGAGGGGUGGUGGGGAGGGUGGUGUCGCUGGAGGUGGGAGGGGCAAACUGCACUAAGACGAAGGCGGCGCCCUCAGAUCUGGAAACGGAGGCCGUCCGUCUGGAUCGCCAGCAGUUCGAGGAGGAGGAGGAGGAGCUAGAGGACAUCUGGAACCAGACCUCCAACUACCGGCAGAGCAUCUGCUCAGAUAUCAUGUACCAGCCCAGUCAGGAUGACUCCGCCCCCUCUGACCCCACCGGAGACCCCCUCCCUUGCUCGCCUUCACCCCAUUCCCCUGCCGUGCUCUACAGGAACCUGGUCACGGCCUCCGCCCCCAACCUCCUAGUGGCUGAGUUCAGACUCCCCCCGUCCGUCCAGAGUCUCCUUGGUUACGACAAAGAGGUGUGUCUCGGGCGACGCCUCCCUCCUCUGGCCGCCGGAGACAGAAGGUCAUGGGCGGCAUUUACCCACAGAGAACUGACCAAGACCGUGGUGGGCGUGAACGAGACGGCAUCCGACCCGGUGAAGCUGCCGGACGUCGGCGACAAUCAGAGAUACAUUUACCAGUACAGAGAGGAGGAAGAGGAGGAGGAAGAGGAGGUGAAGGUGGGGCAGGAGGUGGAGGAGCACACGGGCGGUGUGAAGGAGUCCGUCCAGUCCAGGAGCCUGUUCUCCGUCCACAUGGGGGUGGACACCGUAGGUCAGCAGAGGCCGCUGCCGCUGCAGGAAGAGGCGGUGUCCACUGAGGGGCACUGUCUGCAUGCGAAUCUGAAUCCGGAGCCGCCGUCCAUGGAAGGAACGCUAGAGAGGAAGCACAAGCUGCAGCUCGGAGGAAAGAAGGCGGCGUCCAGAGGCUGGAGCUCCUUCCACGCUGUCCUCCAUCGACACACCUUAUGCUUCUACCAGGACAGAAAGGAAACCCUGAGGAGCUCCGCCUGCGCUUUACCUCUGAACCUGACCGCCGCCGAGUGUUCGCCCGCCCUCGACUACAACAAGAAACCCAACUGCUUCAGGCUGCGGUUACGCGACGGUUCUGAAUAUCUGCUCAACGCCUCGUCUCGCUUCAUGAUGAAGAAGUGGAUGAUGAAGAUACAAGCAAGUACAGGACGAAGUGAGAGUUUAACUUCAGGCGUGGCCAUGGAAACAGAUGUCCCCGCCACAUCGAAGUCAGCGUUCUGCUCAGGAUGUCGCUCUCUGACUAAAUGCCGCUGCUCGUCCCAACACGACGUCUCCACGAUCCCAAGGCUCAAACCGUCGAACGCCACGGAGAUCGUUGUCCUCACCAGAGAGUUGAGUCACAUGACACAGAGUCACAUGAGGAGUCUGGACGAGCGGUCGACGCCCACAGAUGGAGACCUGACUCCAGGACCAGGACCCACAGACUGGUCCUCCUCAGCCCAGGACUGGAUCAGCAGCAAACGACGCUCACACUCCUUCACAUCAGCCACGUUUCAGAAGAUCCGUCCUCCGCUGGUCCCUCCUGGACCCAGAGGUCUGGAACCAGGAUCCAACUACUGCGUGACUCUGGUGGUCGGAGACAAGUCCCCGGAGCGGAACCCGGACCUGGACUCAGGUCUGAGGAGCUACAUGAGCCUCCCACGGCCUCGCAACAAGUCUGUCUUCAAAAAGUUCUUUGGGAAAAAGGACUUUUAACGUGUGUGUGGGCGGAGUGUGAUGUGCAGUGGGUGGAGUCUGAUGUGCAGUGGGCGGAGUCUGAUGUGCAGUGCACAUGUGAAACUACUGAGUGUAUUUAUGACCCGAACAGGAACACAGUUAAUGUUUGAUGUGUCUGAUGUUUAGAGCGUGGCCUUUGUUCAUAUGUGUGCUGUGGAUCUGAACCUCUGGUCUUAACCCUAGUGUUUGUGUUGAGGAGAACCCAGUUUCCAGAACCAGAACCAGAAGCAGAUGAAAGGUCCGGACCCUUUGGCUGCAGAUGGGUGUGUUCUUUAAUGUGUACAGCGUGUGUUGUGUUUGUACGUGUUCAGAGUGGGUGGUUUGACACUGCCGCUGCUCUGAUAUUCAACAUUAACUGUAGAAAAGUUCAUGAUCAAACAUUAAAAACUGGUGGUUUGGUUUAA